AAGCAAUUUAAUUAAAAGUUUUUAGUCAUUUGUAUUCGAGUAUAUCAUCCAAGUAAAAGUAAAGAGUUUUUGCCCAGAUUUAAGCAUGUUUGGCACAAUUUAGGGCAUAAGUCAAGUCAAGUAUACGUACAAUAAGUCCAAGUCCAGUUUAAGUCCAAGUCAACUUUUAAGCCCAAGUCUAGUUUAAGUUCAAGUCUGUUAAGUCCAAUAAGUCCAAUUUAAGGCAAAUAAGUCCAGUUUAAGUCCAAUAAGUCAAGUUUUAAGUCCAAUAAGUCAAGUUUUAAGUCCAAGUCAAGUCCAAGCAUAAGUUUCUACGGCACGAGGUCAGAUCACCAGAGAACCAGUUAUCACGAGAAGAUAAUCUCUGACGUUGAUAACCCCCGGCCGUAACAAUAAGAGUUUUUCUUAUAAAUGACAGUAGCGAAUUUUUUAAAUGACGACGUCACCUGUGCUUGGUGCAUGGAGUUUUUUUACUGACUUAUCCCCCCCUGGUGUAAUUUGUUCGUUGGCGUAUACAGGAAAAGUACAAGUUUUUACUCUCAAUGUUACUUAACAAUACAACCAUCCCAAAACCUUAGCAAGGUUCACGAACUUUAUUCUACCUUGUCUUGUUUGUCUACCUUAUCUUGUUUGCAGUAAAUUACGUAUUAUAUUUAAUGCCAUGCGAGGUUACAGUGUAAGUCGAAAUAACCUGGCGACGCAAUAACGGGUGGUAUGACCUUUACUUUAACGCCUGCUGUAUAUUUAUUACGUGAAACUUGCAAUAUUUACCAAUUUUUGUUUUGACUUCUACGAAGUUUGAGUUACGACGAAUAUGCAUAAUGUUACCCAAUAUUUGUACGAAUAGGAUUUACAUACAUAAUUGCCAUUUUAAACACGGAUGAAACACCGAAACCAUGAAAAUUUACGUUCUCCUUGCCGUCAUUGUACCAUUUUCUGGCCUCGUCUCCAGCACAAGUCUUCCAAACGAUCCGUACCUCGCAUCGGAUGGGAGGUAUGGUCGAGCUGCGGCCGAAUUGGCAAAAGUCCUCGUAGAUUUCCUGGCCAGCCGCACCUGUUCGAACGAUGAGACACGAAAAUGUUUCCACAAUGAUUGGCAGCGGAGAGACUCGUACUGUUCGGGGCAAUUAUACAAUACCCGGUUCAGUUUUUCCGCCUGGUGUGGGGGAAGAUGCUACUGUUGUGCCCGAUGCUACAAGGAUAACAGGAACCUCUGUUUCUGGAACGAUUGGAGGGAGAGGGACGCCCGCUGUACGGGGCAAAUGUACAACCGAAGAUUUAGCUACGCCGGCCCGGAGGGGAAGCGAUGCUACUGUUGUACUCCUUAGAAGAGAAGCAAGGAAUAUUUCCAGCGAUAAAAAAUGUACAUAAAUUUGUAUCUAAGUUUUAAAAAUAAUUAAAAUUUCUAUGUUUAUUUUACUUUAAUGACCACAACUCUGAUUUCGGUAGGUUUAGCUAUUUGUUUGUUUAAAUUUGCAACGGAGAAUAUUAAUUGCGGAAAAAAAGUAUGCAUGUUAAUUUCCUAUGAACCUUUUAACCUUCGUCAUAAGUUAAGCGAUAAAUAAACUCACUUCGGUUUUAAGAAAUAUUAAA